UCCCUUUUGCUUUUAGAUUUUGUAAGCUCCUUGAGAGGUUAAGUGCUAGAAUUUUCUGCAGGAGGCUUACCUCUUUUCUUUUGUCUGCAGGAGGCUUACCUCUUUUCUUUUGUAUUCAGCUUUUGCAUCCGGCCAUCCCGUGGAUGCCUUUAUUAAUGAAAUUUACCUUACCUGACCAUUCCACAAAAAUAUCUACUCUGCAUAGCUUGGUAAUUAAAAAAGAGCGACUGAGCUUGUCUUCAAUCGGUCGCUCUUGUCUGCAAUCCCAAUCUCUUGAGGCCGUUAUAUACAAACAUCUCUUGUCAUCUUGUUAAACCUUUAUAGAUACAUGUUUUCUGUACUUUCGUUCUCCUACAUCAGUUGUGCAUCUCUACUUACUAGAUAUGCUUUUGUUCAACAGCGUUUCUCACUGGAAAAACGGACUGGAAAGAAAUGCUACUUUGUAAGUGCAAGGGAUCUUAACAUUGUAUGGAGUGAUGCACCAGAAUAUUGGAAUUGGACUUCACUACCAGAGUCCAGGUUUCCAGAGGUGGCUCAGCUCAAAAUUGUUUGGUGGCUUGAAAUUUGGGGCACAAUAAAGGCUGGGAUUCUAUCACCACUGACAUCCUACACAGCUUAUUUUGUUUACAAGUUCAAAGAUGGAUAUGGGUUUAAUCAUCGACCCUCGGAGGUCUCAGUUGGAAUUUCUGGUGUUGAAUCCGGAAACGUCCGGUUUGCUUUUUUGCAUCCAGAUGACGAAAAUGAACCGGGUAAUCCUUUUGAUGAUGAUGAUGACGACGAAGAUUAUGUGUAUACUCUGGCCUCUGAUACGGAGCAUGAGGAGCCCGAGCCAGUUGACGAUUAUGAGCCAAAUGAGGUGUCACCUCCUACUCCGCCUUCUAAUGUGGAAUACGAGGUGCGCCGUCUAUUCAAUUGGCGUGAUGAUCCUGGCAUCGUGCAAUCUGAUAAACUACUUCCUAAACUUAGAGAUGAUGGCUGGUUUGAGAUAGAAUUGGGUGAGUUUUUCAUUGAAAAUGAAGAUGAUUGCAUAGAAAUGAGAGUGCAAGAGGUGAAGGGUGGAUUUCCAAAGCAAGGCCUUAUUGUUGAAGGAAUUGAGAUAAGGCCAAGAAUGGGUUAA